AUGCAUCGUUUGUCACAAGGUGCAAGUGAAAUCGAUCAAAUAACAGGAAAAUUAGAAGCUGUUGGAGAUACAGUAGAACCAUUUCAUUUUAUUUUACAUCCAAAAGAUGAACAAUAUUUAACUCGUGAAGAUCAAGAUAAAGGAAAAGAAUUAUAUUCACUUUUAGUUCAAUUUGAAAUUCUUCAAGGAGAUACAAUAAGAAAAAUAUUUCGAAAUAAUUCACAAGAACGAGAUAAAAUAGAAAAGAUAAUUCGAAAUGAUCUUGAUCCUUCGAUUGCCGAUCCAUUAAUUAGUUUAUUAAAUAAAUUAUGGCAAAUUUUAAAUAUAAAUAAAAUAGAAAAAGAAUUACCACGGAUAUAUGAAAAUAAAGGAAAAUAUGCGAAAAUUAAAUUUAAUGAUAAUGGUCAUGAAACAAAAGAUCUUAAAAUAUUUUUAAUAGAAUUAAAAGAUAAUAUUAGUCAACAAAAUCAAUAUUUUUAUCAAACAGAUUUACCAUUUACUAUUAAAGAAGAAGAAGGAAAUAAUAUUCGAAUUUAUCUAAAAGAAAAAAAUAUUUUAAAGUCUGGUGGACUUGCUAAAUAUAAAUAUGUAGAUAUUAAAAGAAAUAUUGAAAGAAUUUUAAAAAAUAUUCAAUGUGAAAAUGAUAAAGAAUUAAUUUUGUCGAAAAUUUUGUCUUUACAAGGAGAUAUUCGUUCAUUUAAAACAGGUUUAAAAGCUAAUUUAAAAGAUUUUAUAGAUCUUCAAGAUCAAGAAAAUGUUCCAAGUGAAUUAAGAUUUUUUGAAGGUUUUAAUCUUAAUAAAUUUUUGAUUAUUGAAGAAGAUAAAUCUUGGUGGGAUUGGAAUGCUUUUGCCGUUGCAAUGAUAGGACUUGUUCAAGUUAUUGCCGAAGCUGUUUUAAUAGCCUUUGAAGAAAAUUUAUUAAAAGAAAUAAUCGGUUUAAUAAAUAAUAAAGUAGAAACUGUUUAUCUUCAAAAAAAAACAUUAGGAAAAUAUAUUUUAUUACCUCAACAAUUUGAUAAUAUUCGAACACGAGUUGUAUCUUCUUUAAGAAAUAGUUAUCAUCUAUUUGCUGAUGGUCUAAAGAAAUCAAAUUCAAAAUACGUUAAAAUAGCUGCUACUACUCUUAAAGCAAUAGAUAUCAUUAAUAAGUUGUGGACUGUAGCUCAAUCUGUCUUACAGUUCGAACAUGUCUUUAUAAUACUUUAA